CAAAAGAUAACCAUGGCCGAAGCCCUCGUCAUCCCCUUCGAGAGCGCGCAACCUCUCGACAACUUGCAUGUCGAAACCCUGCCGCUCCCGACCUGCGGGCCACGACAGGUCCUGGUGCGAUUCCUGGUGGUUCCCAUCAAUCCCUUGGACUUUGCCGUGAUCGCAGGCCAGUACCCAGUGAAGCUGCAGAGUGUCUAUAACAGUGAGAAUGGGGUCCAACACGCCAUUCCAGGAUCGGAUGGCGCGGCCCGGAUCCUGCAGACAGGGGCGGAGGUCGACCACCUCGCGGUUGACGAUCUCGUCAUCCUGCGCACGCAUUGUCGGGGCACGUGGAGGACUCAUGGCGUCUUCGACGAGGCCGAUCUCAUCCGCGUGCCAUCCACCACCGACCCUUGCGUGGCCUCCCUGCUCCGCAUGGGCGUGGCUCCGGCCUUCUUCCAGCUACGCGACUACCACACGCUGGAGCCGGGAGACUGGAUUAUUCAGAACGCGGCCACCGGCACGAUCAGUCACUUUGUCUGCCAAUUGGCACGGCUCCUGGGAGUGCAGGUCAUCAGCGUCAUCCGCGAUCGCGCCAACGCCGAAGAGCUGGAGCGAAUGAAGCGGUUGCUCCGCUCCCACGGGGCCUCAGUAGUGCUCACACAAGAGGAGCUCGCCGCGCCGCGGGUCCUCGAAGGGAAGCGGAUUGUUCUCGCCAUUGACUCGGUGGCCGACGAUGCGUUAGUGCGGACGAUGGCAGCGGCCAUGACCGCUGGAGGCACCGUGCUGAGCGGGCAAACGGCACUGUUCGAGUGGUUUGCGGGCCUGGUCGGCCGGGGGACUCUGAAGGCGCCCGCAUUGAAAUUUCUGCAUUGGCAAGCUGGAGCCGAAGCGCAGGAGCUUGUGGCUGCCGUGCAGGGUCAGGCGCAGACAGUGGUUGGCCAACGUAAAGCAGUCAUCAUCGUCGGCGAGAGAUGAUGGAGCGAUGGAUGCGGGACGGCGGCGUGCCUCUGUAAUUGACCCUG